AUGCGAUUCAGUGAAGUUCAAAACAUAUCUCGAAGUGUCAACGGAGUUAUGAAUAGUCAAAAAGUUUCCAUCUUGAAAAUCUACAUUUUGAUACCUUCGGGUAAAGUUCGGUCGUCAGCGCCGUGCGACAGCGUCACGACGUAUUGCGCGGCGGGAUCGGCAGCCGAUGGGAUGCAUCUCCCGGUGGGAUCGGUAAGCUGCACCGGCGAGAGCUUCGGUGCCAGUUUGAACCACGUCCAUCCGCAGCAUCCCCAUCAGCAGCAGCAGCAGCAACAUUUUAUGCACCACCAGCAUCAGCAACAACAUCAAGCUCCACAGCAUCAACCCCCGGACAAUCUAGUGGACAACGGCGAUCUCGAGGCGCUGCAAGCGCCCGGACUGCAGCAGCAGCCGAACGGCAGCAGCAGCGGCUACAACAACAACAACAACAGCGAUCAAGUAGCGCCGCCGAUCGCCGGCGGCGAGGAGGAGGCCGCCGAGCCCGGCAGCACCGGUGGCGCCGAGAUGAGCAGCGAGGCCGCGGCCGUCGGCGAGCUCUGGUGGACCGAGCGGCUCGUCGGCGAGGCCCAAGCCGAGCAUCCCGAGGGCGAACUCGUGCGCACGGGUUCGCCGUACUUCCUCUGCAGCCAGCUGCCGACGCACUGGCGCUCGAACAAGACGCUGCCCCAGGCGUUCAAGGUGGUGGCGCUGGGCGAGAUCGGCGACGGCACCGUGGUGACGAUACGCGCCGGCAACGACGAGAACUGCUGCGCCGAGCUGAGAAACGCCACGGCCCUGAUGAAGAAUCAGGUGGCGAAAUUCAACGAUCUCAGGUUCGUCGGCAGGAGCGGUCGAGGGAAGAGCUUUAGCAUAACGAUAACGGUCUCGACGACGCCGCCGCAAGUGGCGACUUACACGAGGGCGAUCAAGGUCACCGUUGAUGGACCACGAGAGCCUCGAUCGAAAACGAAGCUUGUACUCGGACAGCAGCACCAGCAGUUCCGCGCCCUCGGCAUAGGCCAGCGUCCCUAUCUCGACACGACGACCUCGCUGACGACGCAUCUGCGCGGCCUCGAGCCCUACAGAAGAUCCAAGCACCAUCAUCAUCAUCAUCAUCACAGCAACAGUCAUCAUCAUCCUGGCACGGCAGGAUCGUCACCCCUACAUCCGCGAGCCGUCCUCGCCAACAACAACAACAACAACGAAAACAUCAGCAAUAACAACGCCAACAACAACAAUAAUAAUACCCGUCAUUGUGCCGACGGCCAAGUGCAGAGGCGAAUCGCGCGCUUCUCCAUAGGGCCGAUCGAGACGCUGCCAGCCGUGCACCGCGAGGAAAUCCCCGACGACAGAGUCGAGACCCGCGACGCAGGCCACAUGAAAGUGCGACAUGCCGAGCUCGUCGACGUAGUUCAAGUUCUGUUGAUUUUGCGAGCUGCCGCGUGUAGCGCAGUCGUGCGUCGCAACAGUGGCUCUUCUUCUUCGUCAACUUCAGCCUCCGAAUGGGCGUAUCCGUCGGCGACGGCGCCCGCGACGGCCGUGGCCGUGCCGUCUUAUCCAGGCAGCAGCGCUGCUGCAGCCGCCGCCGCCGCCGCCGUCGGUGGCCCCUACUCGCCCGUGCCAGGUGGUGCGUUCUCUUAUCCCGGCGAGGCUCUCGCCCAUCACCCAAUCACCGAGCCCGUGCCCCUACCACCCGAGCUACCCUCAGAGGGCCAGCACCACGACGCCUACACGCCCAACUGCGUGUCCAUGUACUCGACGCCGACGACGACGACGAACCACCACCACCACCUGUCCGUGCACCAUCCGCAUCAUCAGGCUGGCGGUGGUGCCUCGACGCUGCCCCUCGGUGUCUCGGUGGGCGCGGGUGGCGGCAUCAUCCCGACCAAGCCCCAGGGCGCCAGCAACAGCAACAACGACGACCUCUACACGACGGCCAGCUCGGCCGGCAGUCCGGGUAGCGCCGUAGGAGCCGGAAAUUAUCAUGCUGGUUACGCGGCUGCUGCUGCUGCUACCGGCACCGGCUGGGCAGCGCCACCCCCGCCAACCAAUCAUCACUACAACAAUUAUCAGGGCUACUACGCGCAUCAUCAGAACCACCCGACGACGGCCACGGCGGUGGCGGUCGCGGCGGCGGCCGCUGCCUCCCAGAAUCCCUACAUGAGCCCGGCGCCACCGCCGCCGACGAUGGUGCUCUAUCAUCCGCCGGCCGUGUUCACCAGCACCAUCAAUCAGAACCAGAUACAUCUGCACCUGAGCGAGGACAGCCUGGCCCAGAGCCAACUCGGCGGUGGCCUGGGAGUCAAUCAUCCGUACAAGCUCGAGAUCGGCGUGAUGGGCAGCGAGGACCAGAACGAUCAGCAGCGCAACAACAGCGCCGACGUCGUCUGGAGGCCCUAUUGAGCGGCUCGCAGUCGCACUUUCCUAUAUAUAUAUAGGAGCUGUAUAGAACGAACUACAUAUUUUUAUGUGUGAAUAGCGGCCAAUUAAAAAAAAAAAAAGGCAAACCUCUCGGAGGUUGCUUCUUCCGUUUAUAUAUUGUAUAAAAAAUAAUUACGCACACGCGACGAGGGCAAACAAUGAGAAAAAAAUAACUGAAAUAUAAUUCUCGUACGGAGUUACGCUCGUGUAUGUACUCCACCGAGAAACAAAUAUACGUGGCCC